AUGUUGUGUCGUUUUGGAUUUCCUCGGCCUGUUGCUCGACGGACAUUCAUUUGUGAACCAUUAAAAGCUGAGAAUGAUGAUGAUAAACAAAAAUUUAAAAGAAUGAAAGAAAUUCUUACUGAAAUGAAUGCAACGAUGAAUAAAUUAGAAAAAGAAAAAAUUUUGUCAUGGUCGGAUUUUGAUAAUCUUCUAGCAAAGUAUAAUUGGACCUAUGAGGAUUACGAAUGUGCUCUUCGUGUUGUUCAUACUAGAACGACCAUGAUUCAUAAAAGAGAACCUAAUGCACGAUGGGUUAAUCAAUAUAAUGAAGAAAUAUUGAAAGCAUGGAAUGCUAAUAUGGAUAUUCAAUUCGUACUUGAUCCAUAUGCUUGUGCAAAAUAUCUUAUGUCAUAUACAACAAAACCAGAACGGGAAAUGAGUUUAUUACUAGAAGCAACUCAUAAAGAAUGUCGUGAUGGAAAUAUGUCCGUUCGAGAAGAAAUGAAAAAAUUAACAGGUACAUUUUUUAAUCAUCGACAAGUUAGUGUACAGGAGGCUAUUUACCGUGCAACUAAAAUGCCACUAACAUAUUCAAGUCGAGGUUUUGUUUUUGUACCAGCACAUUCAAAUAGUUGUAAAUUUUUAAAAUCACAAAAUAUAUUAAAAGAAUUGGAUCCAGAUGACGAAAAUAUAUAUAUGUCUAACUUAGCUGACAAAUAUUUUGAUAGACCAGAAGAACCGGAAUUCGAUAUUUGUAUGGCAGAUUUUGCUUCUGAAUAUGAAAUCAUAUCGAUUAAUAAAAACAUUAAAAAUCCAAAAACUCCAAUUAAACGAUUACAAACAUUAAAUUUUGCUAUUAAGAAACGUUGUAAUCGUAAUGCUAUUAUACGUUAUCCAUAUUUUAAUCGAGAAACAGAUAGAGAAAAUUAUUUUGAAAAUCUUCUUUCUCUCUAUUUACCGAUAAGAAGUCGAAAUGAAUUGAAAAAACCUUAUGAAUUGUUUUAUGAAAUAGGUGAAAUAUUUGAUGCUCGACAACAAUGUAUAAGAAAAGUAAAAGAAGUUGUCUAUGAAAAUCGAAAAAAAUAUGAAGCUCAUUGGAAAGAAACAGAUGAAGCGGAAUCAUUAUUUAAUCAAUUAUCCGUAGAUAUGAAAGACAACGAAUGGGCUGAAAUUGUUGCUAAUAAAGAAAAGGAUAAUACAUGGUCAGGAGAUAUUGAACGAGAAGAUAAUCCCGAUUUUAAUAUUAUUCAUAAAAGAAAAAAUAAAAAUACGUUCAUUGACUUGAAGCAAACUUGUGCUACUACAAAUGAAAUAAGACCCUUCUUAGAAUCGAUGAACUAUGAACAACAAGAAGUAUUUUAUUAUGUUCGAGAAUGGUGUACAAAACGCUUACAUAAUCCUGAUGUCGAACCUCUUCGUUUGUUUAUUACGGGAGGAGCAGGCACAGGUAAAAGUCAUCUUUUGAAAUGUCUUCAUUACGAAGCAACAAAGAUUUUUUCUCGAAAAAAACACUUAGAACCUGAUGAAAAUAUUGAUGAAAUUCAUACAUUGAUCACAGCUUUCACAGGUGCAGCAGCUGUCAAUGUUGGUGGAGUAACUAUUCAUAGUGCAUUCGGUAUUGGAACUCAAAAUAAUAGUUUAAGUGAUAAUUUAUCUUGCGAUAAAUUAAAUAGUUAUCGUUGUAAGUUAGGUACACUUAAAUUAUUAUUUGUUGAUGAGGUUUCUCUUAUACAAGCCGGUUUAUGGGGUGCUAUGCAUUCUCGUCUUACUCAAAUCAUGGGUAUACAUUCGAAUACAGCUAUUUUUGGUAAUGUUGGUAUAGUUGCUAUAGGUGAUUUUUAUCAAUGUUCACCAGUAGCAGCUUCAAGUAUUUAUUCUUCUUUACUUUGGUCUGAUCAUUUUGAAUAUGUUGAACUUAAAAUCAAUGAAAGACAAAAAACAAACAUUUUUUUCUCACAAAUGCUUAAUCGUAUUCGAAAAAUUAAAAAAAAAGAAGAUAUGAGUAAAGAAGAUCGUGAUGUGCUUGAAAAAUGUCAUCAACGUUAUUUGAAUAAAGAAUAUCAUCCAGAAGCAUUGCAUCUUUUUGCUAGAAAUGCUCAGGUUGAUGCACAUAACGAAGAAAUGAUUGAGAAAAUUUGCACGAAUAUUCGUAUAUUCUAUGAAGUUAAUAAUAAUGAUAAAGAAAUAAAAACGAACGAAAAAACAGAAAGAAAAAAAAAUAGUAAGCCAUUACGACUUGCUAAAAAUGCUCGUGUGAUGAUGACGAAAAAUAUUUGUGUAAAUGAUGGAUUAGCAAAUGGUGUCACAGGUGAUAUUGUAGAAUUUGUAGAAAAUAAUAAUAAAGAUGUUUCUCAUAUAAUAAUUAAAUGUGAUUCAUCUAAAGUUGGACGUCUUCAUAGAGUUAGUUGUCCACAUUGUCAUGGGCGAGAUACAAUAUGUGUGAUGCGAGAAAGUAACACUAUUGAUCGACUAGAAUAUGAUUCACAAUCAAAAAAAGGUACAAAACAAUUUCCUUUACGUCUUAGCUGGGCAAUGACUAUACACAAAGCUCAAGGAAUUACUGUUGAUCAAGUUGUUAUUAGUACGAAAGAUUUUUUUGGAAGUGGAAUGGGAUAUACAGCAUUAUCACGUGUUCGAUUAAAAUGUAAUUUUAAAGCAUUUUCUAGUUACCAUUUAUUACAUCAAGCAGAUUUGAUUUGUCUCGUAGAAACAUGGUUGAAAGAUGAUACUCGAUUGGAUCAUCUUCAAAUUAAUGGUUAUAAUCUUGUUCAUAAAACACGAGCAUGUUCAUUUGUAUCAAACCAUUUACUUCAUUCACAAAAAGGUGGUGGUGUUGCAAUAUAUUUUCGAGAAACUAUUCCUAUAAAAAAAAUUGAUUCAUAUGCACAUGAAAAUCUUGAAUGUAUUACUUUUGAAAUUGAAAAAAGUAACAUAGUUAUCAUCGUAUGUUAUCGAUCACCACAGCAAAAUAAAAAAGAAUUUGUUGUAAAUUUAAUUGAACAUUUAAAACAAUUUAAUAUUGACAAAAAUAUUCUUCUUAUUGGAGAUUUUAAUGAAGAUAGUCUUGAAAAUAAAUCAAAACCUAUUGAAACAAAAUUAGAAAAUUUAGGUUUUGUAAAUAUGUUUAAAGAUAUGCCUACCACGAAUAGUUUAACAAGUCUUGAUUGUAUUUAUUCUAAUUUUAUACUAAAUAAAGUUCAAUAUCGAGAUGUGACAGGAAUAUUUUAUAGCUUUCAUGAUGCAUUAAUUUGUUCCAUUGAUAUAGAAAAUAAAAAAAAAGAAUCAAACAAAGAGAUUGAAUUCAAUAAUGAUGAACAGAUGGAUACAGAUACCUGUUUACCUACUUCAUUAUCAUUCCUGGAAAUUUCUAAAGAAACAAAUAAAAGAAAAAAAAAUACAACAGUAAAAUCAAAUCACAUAUUUAAAAAAAUAAAAGUUUUAACAACUGUCAAUACCUAUAAUAAUCUUUUAAAAGAAAAACAAAGAUUAUUUCUUCGUAAUUAUA